AGCUAGCUCUCAUGAACCAAGACUCCUGAAGUGACCCUGAAGCGAGCUCUCUGACGCGCACCAGGAUGCCUCAACUGACUGGCAAGAUGGAUGAGACGAACCUGCGAGCCGUUCUGUUGCUAUGGUGCGUGUCUCUGAUGUCUUGUUACGACACCUUCUCGCCCCAGACUGCCACCAUGCUCCGUCAGAUAGUAGUUGAUGAUGUUAGUGGCAACGUUUACCUCGGAGCUGAUAACCUCCUCUGCCAGCUUAACCCUAACCUCGACCUCAUGCACGACGUUUCGUUAGGCCCUAAGAUGGACAACGAGGAGUGCAUCCCAGCUACGGCUAAACUGAACGCGGGGCACUGUUUGAACCCGUCAGCCGAACUUAGUCAGACUAACAAUAUUGUCAAAAUCCUGGUCAUAGACCAACAUCAGUCAGCACUGAUAGUGUGCGGUAAUGUGUAUCAGGGCUCGUGUCAGAUGAGAAAUCUUCAGAAUAUCGAGGAGUUGAUCAGUUGGCCCACGUCCCAGGGACAUUGGGUUAUCGCUAACAAGGGCGACAAUGCUUCUUACGGUUUUAUUGCAGCCGGCCCCAGUGGCACUAAUGUGCUGUAUGUUGGAGCUUCCUUCGCUGAACCGGACUCUGCGCUUGUAAUCCUGCCCUCUAUUGCCAUCAGGAAGGUCGAUAAAACCAAUUCAGAGCAAAUGUUCAAGUUGUACAAGAACUCCGAAUCGGAAAACAAACGGACACUAUAUCGGUCUAGGUCUCGGAAUGCUCACGUGAUAUACAACGGUGGUUUUGCGAGUGGUUCGUAUCGGUACUUCUCCACUAUAAAACCGACCACUCCGGGCUCCGGAGUGUAUAAAUCACGGCUGACACGGAUUUGCCAGUCGGACGAGGGGGACUUCCGAAACCGGAAGUUGAUCAGCUACACCGAGGCCCAGAUGGAGUGCAAGAAGGAUGGUACCAACUUCCAGCUGCUCCAAGCUCUGGCUAUCGGUAAAGCUGGUUCCGAGCUGGCGACUAAGCUUAAGAUUAUCAGUCAGAGUGAUAUUGUAAUUGCUUUGUUUGCCCAGGCUCAGGAAGGUAAACAUGAACCGACCGGCGACAGUGCGAUUUGUAUUUAUACCAUCAAGGAAAUCGAGCUUGCUUUCGAGAACAAGACGCGGGAUUGUUGGAAUGGAAAAGGUUUUUCAGGUCUGUCAUUCGACGGUCAGAACAACCGACCGAAGUGCAAUGCUCAAACCAAGGCUUUCAAUCAAUGCAACGUUCUGUCAAACUCUCCUCUUGAGCUGGAUAAUCCUAUCACCAAAACUGCUGCUUUUAUUCUCCAAGAGGACACGAUGCUCUCACUCGCUGUUAACUCUCACGAGGAAUACUCUGUAGCGUUUAUCGGGACUAAGAACGGGAAGCUACUCAAGAUAUUACUAGAAAGUGAUAAGGACGUUUCCAUGUUCUCAAACGCCCAGAUCCGCACAACCCCGGUUGAACAGCUUGCUCUCAGUAAAGGACACGACUUUGUGUACGCCAUGGCCACCGACCAGCUGGUGAAGGUUCCAGUAGCGGAAUGUGAGACCUAUGAUAACUGUUCCUCCUGUAUCUCGUCUAACAACCCCUACUGUGGAUGGUGUGUCCUCAAGAACCGCUGUAGUACUCAGGACGAAUGUGAUAACUCUAGUCAGGAUAUCCACUGGAAGCGAGGAGCCCCCGACCAAUGUAUCACAAUAACGAGUGUCAGCCCCACUUCUGCUCCCGCUAACCAGCAGGAAGAGGUGACUCUGAACGUCCAGGCUCAGCUGCCUCAGGACGAGGUGUACGAGUGCGUGUUUGAGAAGUACGGUAACACUCCCGCCAGUGUGCGCCAGAAUGAGGAUGGCACUGCUGUUGUUACUUGCAACACUCCUAUUGUCCAGAACAACAUGGAUCAUAACAUGCCAGUCCAGCUAUCCCUCAAAGCUAGCUCCAACAUAGAACCGUUUGUUCACGCUCCAGACCUAAUCAUGAUAUUCGACUGUAAGAUAAUCACCACCUGUAAAGAGUGCAGUGCGAUAGGAGUGCCAGACAGUGGUUGUAAAUGGUGCCCGUACGAUGGUGGUUGUAUCUACCAGAGUGAGAUGUGCAUGAAGGGAACCCACGUGACCAGUGUUAAUGUCUGUCCUACCUUGGAGUACGUGGAAUACGAGGACAAACUCAUCCCUGCUGGUGUUCAGAGGUCGUUUCGCGUCCAUGGACGACAUCUGCCCGAGAGUGUGGGACGCAAUGACAUUGGCUAUAGUUGUGAUAUCUAUAUUGAUGGAAAUAAACAAACGACUGGAGGUCACCUUACUGACUCGAACAGUCUCGAAUGUAAUCCCAACACCUACACUUAUAGUAGUACUAAAGGGAUAGUGCACGCUGAAGUUUCUAUUAUAUUCGGAGGAGUGGAGAUUGACAAACCUGACGAUCUGGAGGUUGAGGUGUACAACUGCCUGCUGAUGGCUAGCGACUGUUCCCAAUGCCAGGGUCAGAUAAGUGCCGACUACAAGUGUUCCUGGUGCUCGGCUACCAAUCAGUGUUCUCUGUUCACGGCCCACUGUGCCAACAGACUGGAUGAUGAUGAUAAGACCUGUCCAGCCCCCACAGUUAAUAAGAUAGAGCCUGUAGCUGGACCUGUUAGUGGCGGUACUAAAGUUACUAUCACUGGAGUGAACCUGGGUGUAGAAUUCCAAGAUAUCGAGAGUAUCUAUGUGGCAGACACAGUUUGUAACCACAUGCUGUACGGAGAACAAUACCAAGUCUCCACAACAGUGGUUUGCGAGACUGGUUGGUCCCCGAAACCCUCCAAUGGUCCCAUCAGGAUCACAGUCAGAGGACAGACUCAGAUGAGCGCUGUUCAAUUCAAGUAUCUGAAUCCGGAGAUUACAAGUAUUUCCCCGAAGAUAGGCCCUAAAUCAGGAGGCAGUGCUCUGACCAUUAUGGGUAAUCACCUUGACAUAGGGUCCAGUGCAAGGGUGGAGAUUGGCACGGAGCAGUGUGUAAUAAUUGGAAAGAGACGGGAAAAUGAGAUCGUGUGUCGGACUACCCGAGCAGGGGGGCCUAAGAAAGUCAAGGUUCAGCUGGUGGUGGAUAAGGAGGAAAUCAUUGCGGAUAAUAUCUUGUAUCAGUACGUAGCAGAUCCUAUCAUCACCAAUAUUACACCUACCUGCAGUCUGGCAGCCGGGGGCAUCAAGGUGACGGUGUCUGGUACUAACCUACAUUCCAUUCAAGUGGCUAAGAUUGACGUUGAUAUGGAGAACACAGACAUUGUUGCCAGCUCUGUUGCUGGAAUGUGUAAGAUUAUUUACAAUGAUGGUAACUCCAUGGUGUGUCCCACCCCAAGUCUCCAACUGAAAGCCGGAAGUGACCAGGCCAUGCCCAUCCCAAUUGUGUUUAAACUGGACGAGAAUAUCGAGCUGAGAAACCUGAAUCCCGCACAGAUCGAGGACUCGGGUCCCGCAAGUCUCAGCUAUUAUCCUGACUUUACGGUCGAUAAAUGGGUCAAUGAAACUACAGACUGGACCUGGGCUGGAAGUGAAGUGUCUAACGAUAGCUCGGCUUAUCUUAGAAUUGUUGGAAAACACCUGACAUUGGAAGGAAAGGUAGCAGUAAAAGUAACAGUUGGAGGACUGGAGUGCGAGAUGACACCGUCCUCUACCGACAGUGAGGUGUUGUGCUCACCCCCCAGUCUUACAGUUCUACAACAACACACCCAGCAAAACAAGAACAAUUACAAGGUUGAGGAUAACAACACUGAUAGGAAAAAGAGAGACACUCUUAUCGCAAAGAACAAGAAAGAUCCACCCAAAGAGACCCUGUUCAAAGUGAAAGUGGUGAUGGGAAAUAGAGAAGAGAGUCCUGGUUCUCUGAAUUAUAGGAUCACAUCUGCAGCCAUCGAGAGUCAGGUAGGAAGCAGUGACAUACCACUACCAGUUGUACUGGGAACAGUGUUUGCUAUAAUCGUCAUGGCUAUUGUUGUUACCCUCCUCAUCUUCAAAUAUCGAGAGAACUCCCAACGGCUCACCGAACAGUCGGAAGUGACGAAGAAGAAAAUGCAUGAUUUGGAGUCUCAAGUCGCACGGGAGUGCAAAGACGCUUUCACCGAACUGCAAAUGAUGGUCAUGAACGAUAUCUCACCGAUAAGUGAUUUGACAUCUUUACCCUUCCUGGAUUUCUCAACUUAUGCCUACAAAGUUCUAUUCCCAAAUAUAGAGGAUUUCCAGAGAUCUACCAGUAGAUUCCACGCAGCAGCUCCUAAUAACAGGGCGGCGGUGAUCGCCGGACUGAAAGAUUUCCACACCCUACUUUGCUCAGAGCCCUUCAUCCUGAACUUUAUCCACACCCUAGAACAGCAGCCCAGAUUCAACAUGAAGGACAGGUGCAAUGUCGCCUCCCUCCUAAUGGUAGCUCUCUGCGAGCGUCUGGACUACGCCACUUACAUCAUGUCCAGACUGCUGUUUAACCUCAUGAAGCGACCUCAAAUCAAAACUUCUCCUCAUCUCUUCUUGCGGAGAACGGAGAGUGUAGCGGAGAAAUUCUUGACAAAUUGGCUGACUUUCUGUCUGUAUGAUCACGUAAAACAGGUGGCCGGGAAACCAUUGUACAUGCUGUACAGAGCCAUCAAGGCUACGAUUGAGACAGGACCUGUUGACUCCGUGAGCUACCAGGCCCGAUAUGCCUUAUCCGAGGACAGGCUACUGCGACAGAAAAUCGAUUUUAAGACUCUGAACGUUUUCCUACAAGUAGAAGGAGGUCAGAUGCCGGUUAAGCUCCUUGACUGCGACACUAUCUCCCAAGCUAAAUGUAAGCUUCACGACACCUGGUACAACUACAAGAAUACUCCAGUUUCACAGCGAGUACCGGUGGAUAGUCUGGAGCUGAGACUAGUUGGACAGCACCAGUAUAAUGUGCUGCGUGAUGAGGAUGAGACUAGCGUGGUAGAGGGCGAGUGGAAGAGGCUGAACACACUCCGGCAUUAUAAGGUGGCAGAAAACGCGGUGUUUGCGUUUGUUGCGGACUCCACUGCGACGAACAGGUUCGGUCACUUCAUGGACCAUUCCACCCACUUUAGCAGUAAUCCAAAACUAAACCGCUCCAUGGAUCUAGCCUCGAGCAACCCUAAACUAAACAGGAGGGGAUCAGGAAGCAGCUGCGGACUCAGACCAUACCAUCUUACUAAAACGAACGCAAGCAGCACUAUCGACUCCGACCAAACCACCUUGGUCCACGUGCCGGAGAUAUAUCUAACUCGGCUGUUAACGACUAAAGGAACUCUGCAGCAUUUUGUUAACGAUCUGUUCGUCUCAAUAUUCUCAUUAUCUAAUGGAGACGUGCCUCUUGCGAUUAAAUUCUUGUUCGAUAUGCUGGACAGGCAAGCGGCUGAGAACGGAAUUACUGAUCCUGAUAUUAUCCAUACCUGGAAAAACAACAGUAUUCCACUGCGUUUCUGGAUAAACAUCAUCAAGAACCCCGAAAUGAUCCUAGACGUAGAGAAACACCCCCUUAUAGACUCAAUCCUAUCAGUUAUCUCCCAAACUUACAUGGACUCCUGUUCGCUCAGUAACCACGCAUUCAGCACAGACAGUCCCUCUAGUAAACUUUUGUACGCUAAAGAGUUGCAGGACUAUAAACCAGCAGUCAGAAAGUUCUACAGCGAUAUUCAGGCUCUUCCACCGGUCACAGACGAGAAGCUCUUCAGUUCCCUCCCCUCCACAGAUUCUAUGCAGCUCCACAGAGACGCAGCUCUCUACGACCUCGCAGUCUACGCUCAUAAUUAUUGCUUCCAGAUAGACGAAGCUCUUCAGAGAACCAAUUGUGACGAACUGAGCAAAAAGUUUGCGACAGUUAUAUCAUACUUACAGUUGUACUUAAUACCAAGCGGCACGACGUGACGUGCGCGCGCGAGUCUUAGAAACUCCUUAGUGUAAAUAGUCCAAUUUGUUUUAUGAAAUAUCUUUUGAAAGAAAACUGUUUGAAUAAAAUUGUGUUUACGAAAAUAAUUAUUUGCCAAGAAUUUUGAAAUUGUGAUCGAGAACGACCCUGCUGUUGAAGAGGUUUCGUGGGUUACGGUUUUCAAAAUUGCUGAACUGAUAACGUUUUUAUUGCCAUAUCUAAUUUAUUAUAUAUAGCUACCGUGUUAUACUGAAUAAUUUGGAUUGUUAGCGAAGCUUUCAGGGUUCUACUUUUGGAUGCCCAUUUUUUACACUAUAAGCAUUCGUACAUCAAAUUUUUGUGCUAUUUUUAGUCAAUGACGGCAGAAACAAUUAGUUCGUAAAUUUGUGGUGCCCCGUGUGAUCAUUCAAAAUGUGUUUUAGCAUUGAAUCCAACUAGUUCAUGUUCAAUGGCUAGAUCCCGCACUCUUGCUCGGGACACUGUUUUACAGAUUAACCUAGGUAACUAAUUCUAUUUGCAUCUUUCGAAAAAUAAGCGAUUUUCGUUUUUAAACAGUGUCCCAAGCGAAGUAUUUCAAAUUAGCUUUGUCGACAAGAGAUAUCAGAGGGGAGGCAACAGAAAUGUAUUUUAGGCUCUUUUUCAGAAACAAACCAAUUUUCUAUUCCCUUCCUGUGCUGAGCAUUUCUAUUGUCUUAUUUUUGCAAUGUUUUAUUACCCAUGUCAAAGCAAUCAAUGAAUUGCUUUAAUUCUGCACGUUAAUCGAUAGCAAAUACCCUCAUGAAAAUUUUCAAUUAUCGCUUUAUGAUUAUCAGUGUUGGGUAUAUUUUGAGAUUUUUCAGAAAUUCGCAAUUAAUGUAAAACUCGCUUAUUUGAUGAAGUAUAUAUGUAGGCAAGUUUAUCAUUAAUUAUUAGCGUUUAAUAUGGUUUAUAUUUGUUUUUAAUGUACAAUUUAAGUCGAGAUUUUUAUUGACUUAAAAUACCGUAAUAUAAUGCGCUUACUCCAAUUUAGAAGGCCAAAGUAUCAAAGAAGAAAAUUUCGACUUAAAAUUUGAAUUUAGAGUAAAAUCUCCUUUCAACCAGUUAAUUCAUUUUUAUAAUAAUGUAAUGAUAAAUAUUUGUUUAACUUGUCACAAAUUUGCAUAAUAAGCGGUUAAAGGACUGACUCCUGUUUAAAAUUUAUAAUUUCGCUUUGUGUUUUUGGGCCAAAGAAAACAAGCUGAUUUAGCAAAGCUAAGGUCAUACUUAUUUAUAUACAAUGCAGUGUCGAAACCUUCACACUCACA